AUGGUCAUCCUUGACAGGCUUCCUACCAAGGAUAGGCUUGCUCGUUUUGGGUUGGUUGUUGAUAAUGUUUGUGGGUUGUGUGGGACUGGUAUGGAAUCUCGUGACCAUCUCUUUGCUGAUUGUUCUUAUGCUAAGGAUGUUUGGAGUUCUGUUUUGACUGCUUGUGAUAUCUCGCAUGUGUUUCAUAGCUGGGAUGAGCUGUUCCAUUGGUUGCUGGCUAAUCUGAAGGGUAAAUCCGCCAGAGUUUGUAUACUCAAACUGGCAUGGACUGGAUAUCUCUAUUUUAUAUGGAGGGAACGCAAUUCCAGACUCUAUGGUAGGCUGGCUUGCUCGGCUGAGGUUACUGUAAAUAAGCUUAGGGAGGCUGUGAAACUUAAACUGUAUAGACAAGGCUUGUAUAGGAUUGGUGAUGUAAAUAGGCAUUUGUUCAUGAAUUGGGGACUUAUCUAG